AUGAAGACUGGUAUCCUACUUAUGUUCCUUUGGGGAUUAUCCUGUGCUCUCCCAGUUGCCAGGUAUCAAAAUACUGAAUCUGAGAGCUCUGAGGAGUGGAAGGGCGACUUGGCUCUGUCACCACCACCUCCCGUGGAGAACAAUGAAUCAUCAGAAGAAAGUAAAGUUAGCUCAGAGGAACAGGCAAAUGGUGGCCCCAGCAACAGCACCGAGUCAGAAGAGGACCUGGGCUCUGAUGGUGAUCAGUAUGUUUAUAGAGCAGCUGGUGGUAUCGCUAGGAGUGCAGGAAUAGACGAUGGUAAGGAAGAUGAUGAAGAUGAAAGCGGAGAUGACACCUUUGGUGAUGAAAACAACAGUCCAGGGCCUGCAGAGGGACAAGCGGGAGGAAACUCCAGACUUGACAGUGACGAGGACUCUGCAGACACCACACAAUCCAGUGAAGACAACAUCUCACAGGAGGACAGUGUCCAAGAUACCCCCAGUGACAGCAGGGACCUCGACAGUAAGGAUGAGACAGACAGCAGGCCUGAGGCAGGUGACUCUACUCAGGACAGUGAGAGUGAGGAGCCUUGGGUAGGAGGUGGCAGUGAGGGGGAGAGUAGCCACGGGGAUGGCUCUGAGUUUGAUGAUGAAGGAAUGCUGAGCGAUGAUCCAGACAGCACCAGGAGUGAUGGAGGCCACUCCAGAGUGAGCAGUGCUGGUGUUAGGUCAAAAGACUCUAAAGGGGAUAGCAAGCAGACAAGCACCCAGGAUUCAGAUGACAGCCCGUCCAUGGAGUAUCCCAGCAGCAAGUUCUUCAGAAAGGCCCACAUUUCUGAGGAAGAUGACAGAGAUGAGCUUGCUGACAGCAACACUAGGGAAGUCCAGAGCGACUUCACAGAGAACACCAACUCUGAGGAAGCUGGCCUCAGCCAAUCCAAGGAGGAAAGCAGGAGCGAGUCUCAGGAGGACACAGCUGAGACUCAGUCCCAGGAAGAUGGUCCAGAUGGACAAGACCUCAGCAGUGAGUCCAGUGAAGAAGCUGACCGUCCAUCCCAGGAGAGCAACAGUGAGUCUCAGGAAGAUGUGGCCAGCGAGUCGAGGGGUGACAACCCAGAUAACACUAGCCAGACGGGAGACCAGGAAGACAGCGAGUCCAGCGAGGAAGACAGCCUGAACACAUUCUCUAGUUCGGAAAGCGAAUCCAGAGAGGAGCAGGCAGACAGCCAGUCCAACGAGAGCCUCAGAUCCUCGGAGGAAAGCCGGGAGUCAGCAGAGGAUGGGGACAGCUCCAGCCAGGAAAGCCUCCAGUCUCAGAGCACCUCAGCAGAGAGUAGGAGUGAGGAAAGCCGGUCUGAGCAGGACAGCCGCUCUGAGGAAGGGGCUGACAGUGACUCUCAGGACAGCAGCAGAUCCAAAGAAGACAGCAACUCUGCGGAGAGCACAUCCAGCAGUGAGGAAGAUGGCCAGCCCCAAAACAUGGAGGUGGACAGCAGAAAACUAACAGUGGACACUUAUCACAACAAACCCAUUGGGGACCAGGAUGACAACGACUGCCAGGACGGCUACUAGCGCUGGCUUUCCUGAGAGGUAGCUCUCACAGAAAGGGCUUUUGGGGCUUAGGAGUAGGGAAAUCAUUACAACCAUAAUUUAUUGAUGCUUUUAUCAGAAAGAAAACUAGGGCCAUUUCUUUCUGCAAGGA